GCACGGGACUCGGUUGCUCAGUCUGACAGCCACAUCUCAUCGAUCAAGAACUGAUCAAUACACGGGUAACCUAACUAUUGGAAACUAAUCGGACACUUUUUCAGCAUGGAUCAAUCUGCGGAUAGAAAUGUAGAUAAACAAAACUCACCCAAGGCUGUUUAUCUGCGCUAUUUGGUGUCUUUUCCAACCUUAGUGUGUUUUGUGUUAUCGCUGAGUUCCAUCGCGGUAUGUUUUCUGAUGACUUUUAAAACGCAUCAAAUGGAGGGCAGAAUACAAGAGCUGGAGAUAAAGUUGAGUGACUUCUGUCAAGAUUCAUCUGUUUCCAAAGAUCUGAGGACAUCCAUUGAAACACUUUUACAAGAGAGGUUGAAUGAAGCGAUGCCGAAAUUGCGUGUGGCCAGAGACGUGACACAAGAGUGCAACUGUCCUCCAGGUCCUCCGGGGAAACGUGGAAGGAAAGGUGACCCUGGACCUUCAGGGAAACAUGGACGAGACGGUUACCCGGGUCCACUCGGUCUGGAUGGCAAACCUGGUCCUGUUGGACCUAAAGGAAGCCAGGGGCUGCAGGGACCGAAAGGAGACAAGGGUGACCAGGGAGACACUGGACCAAGGAUGGUCUUCCCUCGGUACGAUCACGGUUACAUCUCGGCCGAUCAGCCCACUUUCCAGCGUCGUAUGCUAAAGGGUGAUCAAGGACAAGCAGGGCCACCUGGACCACCAGGCCCUCCUGGAUCACCGGGUCCAAGGGGACCACCAGGAAACACUGGGAAGGAUGGACCCCGUGGCCCACCGGGAGAUCAAGGUGCUCCUGGUCGAGAUGGAUUGGAGGGGCAAAGAGGUUUACCAGGAAAGCCAGGUGAAGUUGGUGAACAAGGUUACACAGGACCACAGGGACCCUCAGGGCCACAGGGUGAGAGGGGUGAGCCAGGCCCUCAGGGUGAAAGAGGAAUCGACGGUCUGCCGGGUUUAAAGGGAGAUAAGGGAGAUGUUGGAGAACAAGGACCCCAGGGUGAAAUGGGCCGUCCUGGUGAGAAGGGGACAUCAGCUUCUGAUGACAUGAUUGACUUCAAUGGCAAACUCUUAGAUGCUUUUCAGGUCAUUAAAACCAUCAGUGUCUCGGGGCCACCUGGCCCUCCAGGACCACCAGGACCAUCGGGAAAAGAAGGAGCAAAGGGUGAACUUGGCUUGCCUGGCCCUGCUGGGCUUGAUGGUGAAAAGGGUGAUAAGGGAGACACCGGAGAGCACGGACAAGCUGGAGAGAAAGGGGAGAAAGGAGAAAUGGGUCUUUCUGGGCCUUCUGGAGUGGAUGGACAGAAAGGAGAGAAAGGAGAUUCAAUACUAGAGGAUAAUCUGGUUCAGAUGAUUUCACAACCAGGACCACCAGGGCCUCCUGGACCAGCAGGACCUCCAGGAUACAUGGGUCAUCGUGGCAUUCCAGGCCCCAAAGGUGAUCCAGGGGAGAGUUUCAAAGGCGAAAAGGGAGAUGCUGGCGCUCCAGGAAUUCCAGGCCACCAGGGUCCUCAAGGGCCUCAAGGGGCAACAGGAUUAGUUGGCCUGCCUGGCACCAAGGGCGAAAAGGGAAAACAAGGGGAACCUGGAUUAGAUGGUUUUCCUGGCAUUAAAGGAGACAGGGGCGAGCGUGGGGCGAUAGGAGAAAAGGGGGAUCGUGGUUCUGUUGGAAAGAGGGGUCUCAAAGGAAGAAAAGGCGAACAGGGACCCCCGGGACUGGAUCAGCCCUGCCCUGUGGGCUCUGAUGGAUGUAAAAAAGAGCCAGUGGAAACAGGGCAGCUGGUCGCAGAAGCCCCCUGCCCACUGGGUCCAGAUGGACUUCCAAUACCAGGCUGUUGGCACAAGGAACAGAUGCUUCAGAAACUCAAGAGGAAGCGUCUUUCUCAGCCGUGAUCUUCCUUUAUAAGUCCAGAGGAGUUUAAGUGACUUAUGGGUCAGAAUCUCAAUAAUAUCAGUUCAUCUUGACUGUCCUCAAUGUGCAGGUCAAACAAGGUUGCAAAACGCUUUCAUAUGAAGCUCAAUAUUUUUGUUGAAGGAAUCUAAUUGAGUUGUCGGAGAUCUUGCAAGAUUGGGAUUUGCCUCAUGGAUGGAGUUGCUUUGCAGUGAUGAAGGAGUUUGUGGCAUUGAAAUGAUGCAGAGCAGCUUAUUAUUGUGAGAAUAUUAUUGAACAGUAAUUUAUUUUGUGUUACUGUUAUGCUUGGUUUAUUUCAUAUAAGCAAGAACAAAGAAAGUAUCAGGUAAUGAGUCCUAAAGGCCAAGUUUUGGAUAGCAAUCAUUCAUAAAGUUAAAGGAAACACUACUAUGGUUUUAAAACAGUGCAGCAUUGAAAGAGUGUGUUAUAGUGUCCUUUAAUCCUGCAUUUUAUAUAGAUUUUGUAUGCAGACAUUUGUGUUGUGAUUAUACUCUGUAUGAUAAAUGUUAACUGCGACUACCUGCUUUUUAUUUCCCGUCACAAUUUUUGAUACAUAUUCCAUGUGUUUGUUCAUAGUAAUUUAUGGUUUUAUUGUUGCUUUUUGAAGAUGACGAAAGAUGAAGGCAUUUUUUGGGCCUUUUUUUAUUAAUUCGACAACCUUUUAUUCAUAGCAUGAAAGCGAAGAAAACAUUUGAGAUGCUCUUUUAAUCUCAUUUCAUUUGCUUGGCUACCCGAGAUUUAACACCGAGAAGGACGUCUAGAUAAGAUGUUUCUCUUGAAGUUUUAGCAUGUUUAGCAUACGUUUCCAUUAUGGUGGCAUGUCCUAUUUCAGGGAUACAUAAGCUCUUCACAAAUAUUUAUUGUUAAUCGUCAAUAAUCUGACAUCCGUUUAUAUAAAGGUUUAUACUACACAUUAUACGUUAGGAUUUAUGGCAUUAUUUGGCAGACAAAAUGUUUGAUGGUAAAGUGAAUGAACUAAAAUAUUGAAAUAUUGUCUUGAUUGACCAGUAACAUUAUUGAGAUGUUUUAGAAACCAAACCGAAAGUGUGGGAGGAAAUUUCCAGAAUGUGUUAUUGUUGAACUAGUUUUCCUUUCUUUACUGUGUUUAUUCAACACAAGAAUGUUUUCUUUUUAAAGAUUUUGAAAUAUUUUGCUGCUGAACGGUGUGUUUAAUAGUUUGUAUGGUAUAAGAAACCACAUCCUUAUCAUGAUAGUCAAUAUAUAUAUAUAUUUUUUUUUGAGAUGUGUUUUAUAAAACAGAAAUUAAAGUUUGUCUACAUA